GGAUCAUUUUAUUGCUGUUUAUGAACAAAUAUGCUGUUUAAAUGUUGUCAAAAGACAAAAACAGAACAAAGCUGCAUGUCCAAUUUUCAGUUACUUUGUGUAAUGUGUGCAAAAAUCGAAUUUAGUAAGAGAGGUUUUCCUAACAGCCAGAAUAACUUUGAUUCAGUAGGCCUACUAUGAACAGUCGGGAACUCUGGCAGAGAGCUAGUGCCUCCUAGUGGUAAAUUGAAAUUAUGGCUGCCGUUGGCCUGCACUUGGCAUAGCAAAUUGUGGCCUAUGCUGAACAGCUGACUAUAAUCAAUUCAAGUCUUCAUCCAGGAAACGUUAUUUAUUAGUGUUAGUUAUUGAAAUUCCCUGUAUUACUCGCACAGAUAGGAACAGUACAUUUGGUUUUAGAUUGCAUCUCCUGAACACAGGUUUGUCAUUCAAUCUGGUGAAAUAAUGUCUCACAAAAGUAAAGUUUAAUAUUUUGAUGCUCUGUGUUUAUUUGAUUUCUCUUUUGAGGAGGAGAAUUUCGAGCUCUACUGUAUAUCAGAAGAUUUCACGAGAAACUUUUAGCCCAUGUUAAAAGAAAAUACAAGAGAAUGGUGUGUUUUUACUUUAUUUCCACCUUGUGGCCUGGAGAUGGCUAAAUAUACAAAAUGGGUGUGGUUAAAAAGAAUGGAGAAAAUGGAAUGAAAUUGAUAUCAAUUAAGGGACUCUGCCCUGGCAUCUUGGCUAGAGGUAAGCUAGCAAAACAAAAUUUCUUGAAAACAUGUGGCACAGUGAGUUAACCACAGAUGCGUAUCCGAGAAAUACACAUGGUCUUGUUGUGGAAGAAAGAGGUUUUACGCAUAAACAAAUCCGUAGCUUUUCAUAUGAACUUUGCUGCGAAGGAUGGGUGACGGCAGUCCCAAAAGAGCAGUCAGCUGCGGCGCCCUUUCAUGGGAUGAGUUGGCGUUGCGCACCUGUUCUCCGCAAGGACAAUUCGUGCACCAAUCACAAUUCCCAGUGAUAUGAAAGUUCUGACAUGGAUCAGCCAGUGUCUGCGACACCUCCAGUGACUACGAGCAUCCCGGGUUUGACAAUUAUCAUUAUCCUUCUAGUGCCUUGUUUACUACUGGUGUUGCUACUGAAUUGCCUGUUGCUUGGGCACAAAUUGCUGCUUUUGGCUAGAAGCAAGACUCACGUGCGCACGAGCUCAGAGUGCUCACUUCUCCAAUCCACGCGCCACAGAGUCUCCCACUUCUCCGAUGGCCCAUCACUGGCGUAUCCAAAUGGAAGGAUUCCUGGCUCCAUGCGCAGGCCGCUUUUGCCCAUGCCUGUCACAUCAUCGCUCACCUCGUCGCAGGAGCUCUUGGCCGGUCGUCGGCGUUCUACACAACCGGACGGAGCCACUCUAGCCGGUUCUGGCUCUCUGCGCGCGCCGAGCCCCUCCAUGGCACCUGUGGGGUUGCCACGCCGAGCACGUGCGUAUUUUAGCAAGCCCGUGGAGUGGCAAAGAAUCCCCCUGGAGUCCGUAGACUGGCGAAGAAGUGUCCAGGAGCCUACACCCUCCACCGAGUCAGACUUAGAACGCGCCAACACCGUGCCACCAAACUCACCCGUUCCAGAGGUAAGACCAAUGAUUUUUUUCACGUCUACUAUAAAACUGUUUAAAAAGUUUACCAUAACUCAAGUGUGCCAAACUCUUCUGUUUCAGUGUUAUGUGCCGCUGCGUCAGAGCAGUACCGUGGACGCUCACAGUGACGUGGAAUUCGGAUCCGUGGAUCGGGUACACCUGGAGUGUGAGGUUGCCAGUAGCAUCCCGGCAGAGAACUCCUAUUUCAUCGCAUCCGUAGGAUCAUCAGCGGGUUCCGCCGUAGGACCUGGACUGGACAGUGAUUUUGGCGCAAGCGCAGGUGUGUCACUACGCAUCCUGUCCGCAGACAGUGGGGCGAUGUGCGGUGGUCUGUGGGCGUCAGCGUUGGAGUGGGAUUAUUAUAACCCCAGCUACAUUACGCAGAACCAGCCACCACCUCCACGUUCUCAUGGACCGAGCAUAUCCCCCAAACAGUACUGGAUAUGAGUCUGAUCUGUACUUGUCUUAAUGAUUUUAAAGAGCGCAUCGGGGGUCACCACAACAUUCACACACACGACCUGCACGUUUCACUGAUGCUGCGCACUGUAAGAAUGCGUGGUUAACGCAUUACCUCACUGUUCUCUGGCCAAUGUUUUUCAGUUCAAGCACAUGCAUUUAACACUGUUCUCGAGCACUUGCACGUUUGUUUCAUUCAAUGAUGUUUCAGUUCAAGAUUCACUUUAUACCGCACAUUUUGUCAAUGUAUUGUUUUGUCCAUGUAUUAUCACAAUGUUUUGUCUUGCACGUUAUGAAAUAAUUUGUAAUAAAUGUUGCCUUAUUUAAACCUUAA